AUGGACGAAAUUUUGAGAACUGCUAGAGAUCUGGAAUUUGAGGUGAACGAGGAUGACAUAGAAGAUCUCAUAAUGGAACAUGACGAUGAACUGACGACAGAAGAAUUCCAAGAAAUCUUGAAUGAAGAACACCAAGAAACACAGCGAAAUGUCCGAAUAUGUGUUCCUUCUGAACAGGAGGAAGACGAAAGAGGACCAAUGUCGACAUCUGCCAUUAAAGAUCUUUUGAAGAAGUGGGAGGAUGUCAGAGCAAUGCUCUUAGAAUGGUACGCAAACCAAGUUGAUGUCAAUAACAUCGGCGAUGUUUACAACGGCAAUGCUUCAAUUUUCAGAUUGAGGGACGAUCGUGUGGACGCUUCAGAAGCAAAGGACAGAAUGUAUUAUGACGUAUCCAGGGCGAAGGAUAAUUACGUUAAUGGUACCGGUGGCAGCGUUCACAGUCCGGUGCUUAACCUCUCCCAAAACAGCACUCGCGGUGGUGGUGGAGGAGGUGGCGGUGGCGGCGUAGGAGGAGGAGGCGUCGGACUGCACGGAGGGGAAGGCAGUGGAAGUGAAGGUGCCUAUAACGAUGGAGCGGACGACGAUUACAGUGAUGAUGACGACGACGACAGAGACCAAGAUUUCAGCGAUCACCCUGACGUUAGCAGCACAGCAAAUGGAGAGCGGCUUCCCCCUAGUCAAAUGUUCCCCUUCAGUCACCUGGCAGUGGACGGAGGAUCCCCAACUGGACAAGUUGUAUCAUCAAUAGAAACACUACUCAGAAACAUCCAGGGCCUGCUGAAAGUGGCUGCGGACAACGCCAGGCAACAGGAGCGGCAGAUAAACAUUGAAAAGGCUGAGCUGAAAAUGGAAGUUCUUCGAGAAAGAGAACUUCGAGAAACACUCGAAAAGCAGCUUCUUGAAGAACAGAGGACAAGAAUCUUGUAUCAAAAGCGUUUAAAAAAAGAGAAAAGGUCCAGGAGGCGAUUUCAAGAGCAGCUGGAAGCUGAAGUUAAAAAGAGAGCACAAUACGAAGAAGCGCUUAGAACUACGUCAGCUGAUACAAUUCGCCUUCUCAACGACACUUUGACUCAGGAAUUAGAGAGAGAGAGAAAUUCGAUAGCUGAGAGCGAGAACAAUCCCCACGAUUGCCAGAUGUCAGCAUAAAGGGGAAACCGACCGGAAACCGUGCCGGCUGCGUUGCUUCCGGGACUCAGAUUGUGUAAUAUAUAUAAAGAGUUGUUUUCCAUGUAUAUCUAACUGUUGGCAAGUUAAAAGACAUGAAGACAAUACGAAAUGGAAGAAUUGUCAACUUGUUUUUUCUGUUAUAUCCACUUGUUGCAAGCUAGCGAAUGGUUGAAAGACGAAGCGAAAUUCACAUUAAUUCCAUUAUUUCACUAAACCCUGUGAUGUUGCCCGACAUAUCGCCAUAUUUCAAGGUCGCGAUGGUAUAGACUAUAUAUAGUGGCUUUGAAUUGAAUGUAUUUGCAUCGUGCAGAAAAAAGUUUUUAUUGGAGUUUGCAUCAAUGGAAGAGUGCACAUUUGAUCGAAGUAUCAGUCAUUGAAAUAAUUAUGUUUUCUAAUUUUGUAUUUUAUGAUUAAUUAACUAAACUAAUUUAUAUCUUUUUUUAAUGUCACGAUAAAUAAAGGUACCUACAGCCAUGUCACGAUUAAUGUCACGAUUAAUUAGUAAAUAAUCUGUUUAAACGUUUAUUGUUUAUGCAUGGGACCUUCAUUUAUUAAUCUGAAAGUAAUUUUAAAAUUUAUUGGUUCAUUAUUUCAUUUAAAAAUCUACCUGAAGUUCAUUUCGUAUGCUUGGGAAAUGAAUCAAAAACAUUUAAAUAUGCUAUUGUUAGAAAUUAAUGUAUUAGGUGCUUGCAAUAAGUCAUCGCAUUUUUAGAUGUUUGUUUUAUUGACUGCAAAAAAAAAAACAUGUAUAUUAAUUUUUUUAAAUAAUCCAAUGUUUAAGCCGUUGGUUUGUGAAGACGUUCCUACAAUUCACCGCUUUUAAAUUUUUUUGGUUUGUCGGAAUGCAGUUUGUCAUUAACUUCCACUUCACUAGCUCUAAAAUUUUUAUUUAAUUUUCUACAUAUAGACACAUGGAUAUAAUUAUCAGAUAUAAGAUUAUCUUCAAAGGCUUUGCACGGGAUCCAUUUUGUUUUUCGUAAUGGUUUCUUUCUGGUUAAAACUGAAAAGCGUACUGUGCCGCAGAUACACUUUAUUCAUUUACAGUAAUGAAAUGACGUGAGCAAAAUGUAGUAAUUUUAAAUGAAAUAAAUUCAGGGAAAUAUUUUCCUCCUAAAAAGAUAAAAAAUAUUAUUACAUUAAUAAGAGUGCUAGGAAAUUUAAAAUUUACACGAAAUAAUACGAAUAUAAGACAGCCUCAGGAACAUUUCUGCAAAAGUAGCUGCGAAAAGUCGAUUUUUUAAAACUGAUUUCAUAAUUAAAAUGCAUUCUGUAUAAGGAAAAAAUAUAAUUUUCAACAUUGUUUUAUUUUCCAGUAAUAAAUAAUGAACAAAUAUGAAACAUUUUGCUUCUAUUAUCUGAUAAAACGGAAACGUGUUUUACACAUUGAAAACUACGAUCUCCUUGUUAACUCUUCCAUGUUGAUGCUCUCUUGCUUGUUUUUGUGCCGAAUGAGUAAGAAAAAUGUACCACUGUGGUGUACUACAUACAGUACGUUGUAUCGAACUUUACGAAGAAGUUAUCUUCGAUAAAAUAUUCAAGAACUUUCGUAGUUUCGGAAGUCUCGAAACUCAUUUUUGAUAAAUGUGCACUCACUGUAGUUAGAAUGAUCUGUGAACAAUCUUCAGUUCAAUUUUAAUGAACAUAAUUUUUAGAGAUUUCUGCAAUUAUUUGCGAUUAUUACUCUUAUGAUUACUAAAUCUCUCUGGAAUGUUACUUAUAUUGAGAAAUUUAUGUGCUUGAUUGUCCAUGAGCAUCCAUGAUUUGCGAUAUCCAGUAUAUUCUAUCAAUAUUUAAACUUACUAAGCCGGUAGAACACGGAAGCAUGUUAAAGAUCUCAGUUACUGAAAUGAUCAGUUUUCAUACUUAGGGUAAAUGUCUUUACUUUUUUUAAAUACGUUAAGUUUUUACAUAAACAUAAAUAUGUCACGGAGUUCAUAAAGCUUUAUGAAUUCCCCCCAUUUUGAUUAAUUACUUAUGAAUAAUUGGUUAAUUAGAUUUCUACGCAACUUAUUAUGUGAAACAAUGUUUCAUAUAAAUUGCUAAGAAAUUAAUUUUUUUACAGUACCUCAAUAAUUGUUUCCCUUGAUAAUUUCACCUAUUUAGAAGUAAAUGGUUUAGAAAUUUUACAAAAUGGAAAGUGCACAGUUUUUUUUAUCUCAAUUUCCUAGUUAAUAUAGCCAAAAAUUUUACAUUUUUUAAAGAAUUCUUAUCGAAACUAUUCCCCAGAACAGACUUCGGCAAUCUAUGACCCAUUUAAUAAUUUCCAGCGACCCACUUGAGUUCUGAAAAUUAAUAUAAUAAGUAAAAAUAAAUUAUAAACCAUAAAUAUGAAGCGGGCAUUUAAAUAAUACAUAAAAAAAACAAAAUAAAAAUAUAACAAUGACGUUUUUGAUUGAUUACAAAGUUCCAGUAACGAAGUUAUUUUUUAAAAUAAAAAUUGUAGCGAAUUUCAAGAAGAAAUCGAUAAGUUUGGCAACACCAACAGCUUUGCCAUUUUGUCCGCAUUCGAUUCAAAAGUUCUGUAUCAGGGAAACCAUUGAUAUCUAAUAGAAAAGUGAAGUUCAUUCGGUAAUGUUUGUUUUUAAAAUAAUCAGAAUUAGAAUUUUAAUUUUUAUGUUUAAAGUGUAUUGCAAGUACUUUAUCAAUAAAAUUUAUCUUAUUAUUUGCCAAGAAAGACUGUUCUAAAAUGAAAAUGACAUUGACCCGAAGCAUCUUCUUAAUACACACAUUUCAGUUGACUUUGACCAGCAACAAAAAAAAAUUACCAACGCCUUCCCUAGAACAUAUAGAUUGAUUUGUUUUAAAUACUAGUACAGAACAAAAGGAAUUAGCAUAAAUUCAGUUUCAUAGAAAUGCAAUUAUUUCAACAAGUACAAUAAAAUUUAGCGAAUGAAAGACAAACUGUAAACUAAUCAUUUCAUUUUACCUUUCGAUAACAUUUAAUUUCAUUAAAACAAUUACACUGUGAUGAAAUUUCUUAAAAUAUAACAUAUAAAUUAAAAUUUUAAAAAAAUCUUUCAAGUAAGGAAAUGUGGGGAGUCAUUUGAAACACUCGUAAUAUUUUAAAGUUUUAUAAUAUUUUUUGCAAAAGAAGUUAAAACUUUUUUCCCUUGGCUUUAUAUAAUUUUUCUAGAUAUUCAUUAUAUUAAUAAAAUGCAUUAUUUGUAAUUAUGUGAUCGAAAAUGUAAAGGUAUUGAAAAUGGGAUUAAAUAUGUAUUAAUUCGGAAGACAUAUUUUUCAUUAACUAAAAUUAAAAGACAUAGUUGUUUUUUAAAUCAUACUAGUUAAAAACCUGAAAUUCUGUUAACACAGUUUAAACGUUUUAUACAAAAAAAAAAAAAAAAAAAAAAAUGUGCUAAAAGCGUAGCUGAAUUUGUGCAAUAUUUGAUAUUUAUAUUUUUUACACAUGCUUUACAUAAUGUUUAAUGAAUUUGUACAGGAGGAAUACUGUUGCCAGAAUUUUAUGAAUAGAAGAAUUUAAGAAUUCAUUAAAAAUUGUGUGAUCUUUUUUGAUAAGUUCUUGUUAAUAGUAAAAACAUUUUUUCUUUUUACAAUUACUACUCCUUUCGAAAUUUAUUUUGCAUUUCAGUAGCAUCCAUGUAAAGUUAUCCCAUCCCAAACUAGUUUUGCUUAAAGUCAGACAAAAAGGAGCCUCAUUUUCGGAGAUUUUUUUAAAAAAUCUAUUAAUUAAUUUCCAGAACGAUAGAGUCCUUUCCUUCAGAAGGGAAAAAAAGAAAUACUGAAGAAAUUUCGCAAACAUUCAGCAGAAAGAUUAAGCAAAGAUUUUUUUCUGUUGAAGAACAAAAGCAUAUAUAUAAUUGCCCUCAAAAUUAAUACAGUUUUAUUUAAAGCCCACGCCAACCUAAGGCUGCUUUUUUGCGUAAUUUUAAAUUUAGUUUUAGCUUGUCUCCCUUCUAAUUUGGUAUUCUGCUUAGAUCUAUCAUUUUUGGAAGUAUAUCAUAUUUUAAUUCGAUUUAAACUCAUUAACUGUGUCUGUAACGUUUUUCGGAAGUAUCUUACGCAACUGUAGAAAGGAUAAAUUAAAAGAAAAUUAAUCUAAUGAUUUAAUGAAAAACCAAUUGAGACCAAUUGAACCGUAAAAAAAGCAACAUUUUUUCCCCUAAAAAUUACAAGUAAAAUAAAUACAUAAAUCAGUGAUAGUUCCAAGUUUUUUAAUUUAUUCCAAAUAAUUAUAAUUCUUUAGAAUCUUUUAAAAUACUCCGAAUUUUUUAUAUGACUUAGAAAAAACAUAUUGAAUGUACUAUAAAAAAUUAUAACAAAUUUGUAGUUUACAAUACAAAUUAUUUCCUGGAAACUGAAAGUGAAUUUUGACCAGUAUGACAGCUUCUUAGUCUUGAUGUAAAGGGUAUUGUGGAUAAACAGAAGGUAUUUCAUAUUUCAAAAUUGGACAUAAAAUAUGUUCCUGAUAAUAUGCGGAGUUGAUUUUAACAUUUUUCACCAUUCUCUUUAUGUUUAAUUUACUGUUAUAUGAAAACCCAACAACAAUCUUAAAUUAUUUUGAAACACUUUCUUUAGCAUCUUUGAACUAUGUUCAACAUUUUUUUCUGCUCUUUGAUGAUAAUAAAUGAACCUCUUUUUAUUGCAGUCAUCUAAAGACACCCAAGAUUCUUCUACUGGAGCAAUAUUUUUACAGAUAAUUGCUUCUCGUAAAGAAUUCUGCAGCGCGUUCCACGUUCGGCGAUAUGAUGUUGAAAAAGAUGAUACACAUUAUGCUUUUUUGCCUUUUUAAGAUUCAAAUCAGUAUUAAUCGCUUUGUUUACAGUAGACACUGACUUGGAUUUUUUUCAUACUAAUGAUUUUACUUUGCGACCUGUGAAACAUUCUGUUUUUACCUUAGAUAUGUAUUUUGGGACACAUUUUCUCCUUGAAGCAAAACUCUGAUGUCUUUUACCUUUGUCAACAUUAGUACCUUGCAUAACUUUGUAUUUUCAGAAGAGAUUUUUAAUAACUAUAUACGAAUAAUUUUUCACGGGGAGAGCAAAAACAUAGCCUUCCAUCUGCUGCUUCUUUAAAAUCGUCAUUUUGCACGAUAAAAAGCUUUCAAGAAAUAGACGAUUUCUUUCGAAAAUAUAGUUGCGGUUAAAAAAAUUCAAAGCAGACGAUUUUUUAUAGAAAAGCAAAAUCUCUAAAAAGUGUGCUAACAACCACUGUAUAUAUAUAUAUAUAUAUUGUGAAUAAUCCUUACCCAUCUGUAAGUAUAGUUUUUCUGAAGAACAAAAACGGAAAUCUUAGAAGAAAAAUAAUUUAAACACAUGUAAUUCCUAACACUAGUUUAUAUUUAUAAAUUAAUUAAGUUACAAUUAAAUGCACAAAAUCACGCUAUCAGAACAAAAAUGUUCAAGAUCUACAAGAUUUAUUUUACAACUCAUUUACAGUAACAAUAAUAAAAUGGUGAACUAUAAUUAAAUUUCAAAUGUUUCAAUAAAUAAAAGUACCCUAAUAAAUUUUUGCUCAGCUAAUUAUUAGAUUUAACGCUUUUUUUCGGUAUCAUAUAAUUUCAAAAGAGAUAUCCAGAUAUUCUUAAAGUUAAUCUGAAAUUGAGAUCAUUUUAGUUCUUGCUAUACCAAUCAUUAGUUCUUGCUAUACCAAUACAAAAUAUUAAAAAUGGCUACCCUAAAGCAAGUGAUUUAUUUCUGAAACAUUUUUGAGAUCCUUUUAGUUCUUGCUAUACCAAUCAUUAGUUCUUGCUAUACCAAUAUAAAUAUUAAAAAUGGCUACCCUAAAGCAAGUGAUUUAUUUCUGAAACAUUUUGAGAUCAUUUUAGUUCUUGCUAUACCAAUCAUUAGUUCUUGCUAUACCAAUAUAAAAUAUUAAAAAUGGCUACGCUAAAGCAAGUGAUUUAUUUCUGAAACAUUUUGAGAUCAUUUUAGUUCUUGUUAUACCAAUCAUUAGUUCUUCCUAUAGCAAUAUAAAAUAUUAAAAAUGGCUACCCUAAAGCAAGUGAUUUAUUUUUGGAACAUUUUGAGAUCAUUUUAGUUCUUGCUAUACCAAUCAUUAGUUCUUGCUAUGCCAAUACAAAAUAUUAAAAAUGGCUACCCUAAAGCAAGUGAUUUAUUUCUGAAACAUGCCUACUCAUGGACUGAAUUUGAAGCAGAAUGAAUUUUUGUGUAAUGUAGUGAUUUUUAAACCUCGAACUGAAAUCAGUUUCAGGCAUAAACCUUGUUGUGCGUCUACUGUGCAUAUAUGUACUGAAGAGUUUAACUAAAAUGCUUGAACUAAAAUUAAUUAAAUGUACUGAAGAGUUUAACUAAAUGACACAAAAAAAGUGGUUCGUCUUUUGUCGUUGUUACAGUACUGUGUGAAUAUCUUCCGAUGCAUCAUCACCACAAUACAUAUUACCACAUAGGUACUAUUACAUUGGAAUCAAAGAUUCUCUUCUUUUUGUACAUAUAUUACUUCGUGUAUUAUUGUAUGUUUUAUGCGUUGUGUGCUUGUGUAAUGCUGCCAAUAAAUUCAUUUUAGAACACUGUCA